AAUCAAUGGACACGCCGGCGAAGGGGGGGGCGGGGCUUGGUUGGUGACGCUGCACGUUCAUUUACGUCGGUGACGGUCAUCGGGAAACAUGUCGGCAUCUGAGACAACGACAAAGGAGCCUCCUGAAGGAAAUGACUCAGAAACACCCGCAGGUCCAUUAGCCGGACCAAGUCAAGUAAACGAAGAGAACUCUAAACUUGCAGAUAAUGCAGCCUCCACCUCAGCUGCUGUUGCCAAGAAGACAGAGCCCAUGGGUGGGAUGUCGUCAAUGUUGUCAUCACAGCAGCCAGGGAAAGACGCUUCUGGAGAGAAUGGAGAGAAAUGGUCACCCGCCUCCUCCCCAAAGAAACCUGCUGCAGGACACGCAGCAAAGUCCCUUCCAUCAAUGUCCUCUCCGUCUACAUCCUCUCCGUCUACGUCUUCAGUGUUAUCACCUGGUCGAGCAAAGAUGAGUGUUUCUGGUCCUGGAAGCAGUAAAUCCGUCCCAGCACCUGGUCCUUCCUCUUCUUCUUCUUCAUCUUCCUCCUCUGCCACAGCUUCCUCAGCUCCUUCUUCUGCCCCACCCAAGAUCCACAGAGCCCGCAAGACCAUGAACAGGCCUCCACCAGGACAGAUGAGCCACAUUGAGGGACCCGUGACACCUUCAGGAUCCUCCGCCUGCCUUUCCUCUGAUGCUGAAACUGCUUCCAAAAGAAGAAAACUGGGUCAUUUAUCUGACAGCACACCUGCAAAGUCUGAGAUUGUUCCAGACAAAGCUCAAACUGUGGAAGAGACGUUAUUCCAUAAAAAAGUGGAGCCUGUAAACAAAAGCACAACGGAGAAAAGCAACGGCAGUGUGGGGAAGUCAGAGGAGGAAAAAAAUCAGAUUUCCAGUCCAUCCACACGGGAUUCAAAAAAGUCUGAAGAUGGUGGAGCAGAGGCAAGGCAGCACGCUAAAGACAUAGAGGGGUCAGUGAACAUGUCAGAUCAUAGCUCAGAGUCUGAGACACAGAGAGCCGGCCAGAGUAGAAAUGAGAGCGAGGAGUCUUCAUGGCCUCAGUCGGACCAGGACAAAGAGAGAAACACAGCUGAUGUGGUGGAGACAGUGGGAGCAGGAAGGUCUGCUGAGUACACAGAGGUUCCCUUGGGUGCUCUGGACAUUGCUGCUGCUGACAGUCUGACACUUUCUCCUCAUCAUGAAGGAAGUGAUGCAGGAGACACGGAGCGGCUGGAAGAACUCCCUCUGUGCAGUUGCAGGAUGGAGGCUCCUCGAGUUGACAGCACCAGCCACCGCGUCAGUAGACAGUGUAUGGCCACUGAGAGCAUCAACGGAGAGCUGAGGGCUUGUACCAAUCGGACUAUAAAAGGGGAGACCAUGCGGCCGUCCAGCCGAGUGUCCCUCAUGGUGCUCUGUGACGUCCAUCGCUCACACAUGGUCAAACACCACUGCUGCCCUGGGUGUGGAUACUUCUGCAUAGCGGGCACAUUUCUUGAGUGCUGCCCAGACCAGCGCAUCGCUCACCGUUUCCACCGGGGUUGUGUGACGGUGUUGGGCGGUGGGCGCAGCAGAGCAAAUGGUGGCGGUAUGCUUUUCUGCCCCCACUGUGGUGAAGAUGCCUCCGAGGCCCAGGAGGUCACCAUCCCCUCCUUUAGCUCAGCCACAACCUCCGCAACCACCGUCGUCACCAUGUCGGCCUCGUCCACCACCACCCCGUCUCUGCCACCAUCUGCGCCCACGGCACCCUCACUCGCCGCCUCGACGGGGGGGAUGAAGGACGGGAAGAUGCCUGAAAGACCUGUCAGUGCACGUAUGCGUAGCCAUGGCUUGGUAACACUGGCAUUAGAGCAGCAGCAGCCGCCGUCACAGCCUGUAGCCGCGGCAGCAACUGUGGCCACUGUCCCCCCAGCAGAGGAAGGAGUGGACAGCGUGGGACCGUCUCUCUGUAUGCCAAAUGGGAAACCCAUCAGCCCCAGCGCACUUCCACCAGGGCCCAGCAGGGCGGCGCUGCAGAAAGCCAUUCUCACACAGGACACAGAGAGGAAGAAGAAACUGAGAUUCCACCCCCGUCAGCUUUACCCUGCUGCCAAACAAGGAGAGGUGCAGAGAGUUCUGCUCAUGUUGAUGGAGGGCAUAGAUCCAACAUACCAGCCGGACUCUCAGAACAGGCGCUCUGCUCUACAUGCUGCAGCUCAGAGAGGUCUGCUGGAAGUCUGCUAUAUGCUCAUACAGGCCGGCGCUCAGGUGGAUGCACAGGACAAAGACCUGAGGACCCCUUUGUUGGAAGCAAUCAUCAACAAUCACAUUGAGGUGGCUCGCUACCUGUUCCAGAACGGCGCCUGUGUCUAUCAUGUCGAGGAGGAUGGAUAUACUGGCCUCCACCACGCAGCCAAGCUGGGAAACCUGGAAAUUGUCAACAUGCUUUUGGAAACGGGGCAGGUUGAUGUAAAUGCACAGGACAGCGGUGGCUGGACGCCGAUCAUCUGGGCUGCAGAGCACAAACAUGUAGAGGUGAUAAAAUCGCUGUUGAACAGAGGAGCUGAUGUCACCAUUAAUGAUAAAUCCCAUCUUUCCUCUCAGGAGCUGAAUGUAUGUCUGCACUGGGCGGCAUAUGCAGGAAAUGUGGAUAUAGCAGAGCUGGUGUUGAACUCUGGCUGCUCGCUCGCCUCAGUCAAUAUGCAUGGAGACACGCCGCUCCACAUCGCCGCCAGAGAGGGUUAUUUGGAAUGUGUUACUUUGUUCCUGUCCAGAGGUGCAGACAUUGACAUUAUGAACAGGGAAGGAGACACUCCUCUGACUCUCGCACGGGCCGACACACCGGUGUGGGUGGCUCUCCAGAUCAACAGGAAGCUGAGGAGGGGAAUAACCAAUCGCAUGCUUCGGACUGAAAGAAUCAUCUGCAGUGACGUUGCGCAGGGCUACGAGAACGUACCGAUUCCCUGUGUGAAUGCAGUGGAUGACGAGGGCUGUCCGUCAGACUACAAAUAUGUUUCAGAAAACUGUGAAACUUCAGCAAUGAACAUCGACCGCAAUAUAACACACUUACAGCACUGUAGCUGCACUGAUGACUGCUCAUCUAGUAACUGCCUCUGUGGACAGCUCAGUAUCCGCUGCUGGUACGACAAGGAUCAGCGGCUGCUCCAGGAGUUCAACAAAAUUGAACCUCCACUCAUAUUUGAAUGCAACAUGGCGUGUUCCUGUUACCGAACAUGCAAGAACCGUGUGGUGCAGGCAGGCAUUAAAGUUCGUCUUCAGCUCUACAGGACAGAGAAGAUGGGCUGGGGGGUUCGAGCUCUGCAGGAUAUACCCCAGGGAAGCUUCAUCUGCGAAUACGUCGGGGAGCUGAUCUCCGAUGCAGAGGCAGAUGUUCGAGAAGACGACUCAUACCUGUUUGACCUCGACAACAAGGAUGGGGAGGUGUAUUGUAUCGACGCCCGCUACUACGGCAACAUCAGCCGCUUCAUCAACCACUUGUGUGACCCAAAUCUCAUCCCAGUACGUGUGUUCAUGCUGCACCAGGACCUGAGAUUCCCCCGCAUCGCCUUCUUCAGCUCCAGAGACAUACUCAGUGGACAAGAGCUGGGGUUCGACUAUGGAGACCGUUUUUGGGACAUAAAGAGCAAGUAUUUCACCUGUCAAUGUGGGUCAGAGAAAUGUAAGCACUCGGCCGAGGCCAUCGCCUUGGAGCAGAGCAGACUGGCUCGACUGGAGUCUUGUCCAGAAUCGGGAGCAGACUGUGGGGUGACCAUGCUGGGAAACUCUUAAAACCUUAACCCAUGGGGCCUUUUGGAUUAACCUCAUCCAUCUCACACACGCACACUUGGCAAUGGAAACACACCUUGAGGGUUUUAUCAUUUAAACGUUAUGUGUCUGAUGCAUGGUGCUGUGUUUUUCUACUUGGAAUGUCCUUUUUUUUCCCGUUCAAAACAUGCAACCUUUUUAAAGCUGAUGAUUUCUCUUCAUGGUAGAGGACAUGAUGAGCCUUAACAUAUUUUUAGACUGCGUGGAUGCUAUGUCUGAUUCUCUACAUACGAUAUGGUUUCUGUAUAUCAAGAUGUGCUUUUGCUUCGACACAUGAGGUUUCUGCAUUAGAAGUCUGAAAUCUUAUAUAACCAUCAUAAAUAUGUCAUUUCUCUUGUGCCAACAAGCUCAAUGCAUUUUUACACAGUACAGUAAUGGGUCAACCACCAGCCCAUACUGGACACACUAAGGACCUGAGGGAGAGUGUUUUUGGAUGAUUGUGUUAGCUUUAUUUUCUUUAUUUUUGUACCUAUUGUUUUCUUUAUCAUAUUUAGUGUAAUAAAUUAGCUCAUGAGUUGAUCUUUGGGCGCUCGCAUUAA